CUCUCUCUCUCUUCAAUUCCCAAUCGAAACUAAAAAAAAUUCAUUUUUAGAGAAAAAAAACUUAUCUCUUUCUCUCCAUCUACGUCGUGUGCCUUGGCGAUGGAAACCGUUUGAGCACCGGAGUUCUUAUCGAGUACCGAUUCAGAUUUCGGGCGCUUGAUGAGACCGAAACCCAGAAGAGAACGCGGACGACGAAGAAGAAGAGGACAAGGGUAAACAAAAGAACCCGUGAUUUCUUCGGACGAAUCUGUGUGUUCCUCUCUUUGGUCCUGUUGUCUUGUUUGUGUAUUCUCCCUCGGUUUUGAUCUGGAGAUCAGAAAAUGGAGGUGAUGAUGGGACCCACUUUCUCCAUCGAUGUCUCCGCCUCGGCCGAGUUCGUCAGAGAUCGCGGCCUUCUUCCACCGCCGCAUCCCCUGCCGGAGAUGGCAUCUGCCGCCGACACCGGCGGGUCUUCUCUGACCGAUGUUCCGGUUCGACCCGGAAGCGGGAUAUGGUCGGGGCAGACGGCGGAGUACUCGUCGGAGAGUUCAUCGUCGAUCGGAUCGCCGGGGGACAGCGAGGAUGACGACGACAGUGGAGAAGACGACACCGUUUCGUCAAAGGAACGUCUUCAAGGAUUGGGCUCUUUGAGCUCUCUCGACGAUUCUCUCCCCAUCAAGAGAGGGCUAUCGAAUCAUUACAAAGGGAAAUCGAAAUCGUUCGGGAAUCUGGGGGAGAUAAGCAGCGUGAAAGAAGUGGAGAAGCAAGAGAAUCCACUGAACAAGAGACGAAGGUUACAGAUCUGCAACAAAUGGUCGAGGAGAUCGUUCUACGCAUGGCAGAACCCUAAAUCCAUGCCUCUUUUGCCGGUAAACGAGGAUGAAGAAGAAGAUCUGAAAUCCGGGAUAGACGAAGCGAAAUCGUCCAGCGACGAAGAGGGUCCGAGAAAAUCAUCGUUUAAGAGCACCAGAGGUCUCAAAUCACGGAGCUGUUUUGCUCUCUCAGAUCUGCAGGAGGAGGAAGAUGACGACGACGAUGAUGAAUAAAAUAAUUCCAUGAUGAUGAUGAUUUUCUUGUCCAUAGUUUUUUU